AUGGCUGCAAACACUCUUGUAAAUCAUCUGCGACAUGUCACAACGAUGUCGAUGGCUAACCAUGUUCUCUAGCUCGACCGUCUCGUGGGCCUCGCAAUGCUCAUCCUCGCAUCCGCCGUCUUCCUGUACUACACGAUCUGGACACUGUUGAUGGUAUACCUGAAGUCCAAACCAUUGCACUCUUCAAUUUUUAACAUUGUCCAGCCCUUCGUCGACGACUCCCAUCCAGUCCAAAGCCUCUUCCCCCCUCGCGUCUGGGCCAUCCGCAUCCCCGUCAUCCUCCUCCUCCUCGGCGGCGCAGUAGUAGGGAGCUUCCUCAGUGUGAUCAUGAUACGAAGCAACAGAAAGAAGGCCCUCAAGGCCAAGAAAGCAGCUGAAGCGCAAAAGGCGAAAUAG